UAGCGCGCUGCGCGGCGGGGGAGGCGCCGCGGGGCCGGUCCGGCUGCGGCUCCCGCCAUGGCCACAUCGCCGUGCAGCAGCAGCGGCGUCUCCUCCGCGUGGUCGGCGGGGCUGGGCGCGGAGGCGGCGCUGGAGAUCCGCACGCGCUCGGUGGAGCAGACCCUGGUCCCGCUGGUGUCGCAGAUAACUACUCUUAUUAACCAUAAGGAUAAACCGAAGCGGUCAGACAAGACGCUGCAAGCAAUUCAGCGGGUGGGCCAAGCAGUUAACCUAGCAGUUGGAAGAUUUGUUACCGUAGGAGAAGCCAUAGCCAAUGAAAACCGAGAAUUGAAAGAGGAAAUGAGUAUUGCUUGCAUUGAGGCAAAGCGAGCAGGUGAAACAAUUGCACAGCUUACAGAUGUAGCUAACUUGGAUCAUCCAGAAUCUGAUGGCCGGAUAACAAUUUUUACAGACAAAACAGGAGUAGUAAAAGCUGCAAGAUUGCUGCUUUCUUCAGUGACAAAGGUGCUGGUACUGGCAGACAGAAUAGUUAUUAAACAAAUUUUAGCUUCCAGAAACAAGGUUCUUGCAACAAUGGAACAGCUAGAGAAAGUGAGUAGUUUUCAAGAGUUUGUGCAAAUAUUCAGUCAGUUUGGAAAUGAAAUGGUGGAGUUCGCCCAUUUAACUGGAGACCGACAAAAUGAUUUAAAGGAUGAAAAGAAAAAAGCUAGAAUGGCAGCAGCUAGGGCUGUUCUUGAGAAAUGCACCAUGAUGCUUCUCACUGCUUCAAAGACAUGUCUGAGGCAUCCUGACUGUGAAUCUGCUCGUUUAAACAAAGAAGGAGUGUUUCACCGAAUGAGAUUAGCUUUGGAGCAGGUAAUAGAGAUCGUAACUGACUCUAGACCCAGUGGAGAGAAUGAAAUGGCCGCCAUAAGUAUAUAUACGAGCAUCAAAGAAUUCAAGAAUAAGGUGGAAGGUCUACGGGAGAAUCUUUAUUUUUUCUCUAAGGAGAAUCUUUCAACAAUGCUGGAACUCAUUCUGGAACACACAGAAGAUUUUACUGAUUCUGCCUACACCAGCCAUGAGCACAGAGAACGCAUCUUGGAGCAGUCCAAGCAGGCUAAAAUGGAACUAGAGCAGCUGGUUUCAGUGUGGAUGCAAGCUCAAAGCCAGAAAACAAAGGAUAUCACCGAAGACUUGGAAGUAGCCAUACUAAAAACAUGCCAGUGUAUGAAUGAACUCAGAAGAGAACUUCACCAUGCAGCCACAUCACUGGCAGCAGACCUGCUAAGAUACCAUGCAGAUCACAUGGUUUUGAAGGCAUUAAAAAUCACAGGAGUAGAAGGAAAUCUAGAAGCUGUAGCAGAAUGUACUUGUAAGCUAUCUGAGCAGAAAGAGCAGCUUGUUGAGACAUGUCGCUUGUUGAGGCAUGUUUCUGGAACAGAGCCACUUGAAAUUACUUGCAUACAUGCAGAAGACACCUUUCAGGUCAUUGGCCCACAGAUAAUUUCUGCUGCAGAAACACUGACAUUACAUCCAUCUAGUAAGAUAGCAAAAGAAAAUCUUGAUGUGUUCUGUGAGGCUUGGGAGUCCCAGCUGAGUGACAUGUCCAUGUUGUUAAGAGAAAUUAGUGAUGUGUUCGAGGGAAGACGAGGAGAGAAGCGUGCCUACCUAUCACUUCCCAGGCCAGGGAAGCAUAAUGCAAAUCUGAAAGCAUUAAAGCCAGUCAAACUUGAUACUGAGGAACAAGCAAAACUUGGAAAACUUGGAUUAGAACUGCAUUUGCUCACGUCUGAUGUAGACUCUGAGACUGAGAAAUGGGAGGACCAGGAGAAUGAGAUUGUGCGCCAUGGACAAAGUAUUUCCAGCAUGGCCCACUCCAUGUACUUAUUUACCAGUAUGAGGAAAAAACCCUUGCAGCCACUGAAAUUAUUGAAGAAUGAAAAAAACUGCUACUUCAGCACCUUAUGACAUUUUGCUCACCAAUAAACACAAAUGACAGAAAAAUCCCUUCAGGCUUUAUAUUUAAAUAUCACUUAAUAUGUAAUCAUCUCUCCCACUUGGGCAGAAAAAGAUUGGAGUUAGACUGGAAAAUCGGAAAGGUCAUAACUAACUGAAAAUGACAACUAGUUAGGAUAUUGAAAAUAUACGUUUUGUACAGUGUGGGCAGGUUAACGUUUUGAGAACCUUUUAAUAUUUGCCUUCCCUGACUUUGUUUAAAUGUGUAGCUUUAAUGUUAAUUAUUGGAGGUUUUAUCUAUAUAAUAGAAUAUUUACUUGAAGCAAAUCAAAUUGAAACAAAGGAAAUUAAAACAAAUAGUAAAAGAUUCUUUAACUGUAUAAAUAAAUAGAGAACAAGAAUAGAUGUAGAGCCACUAUGCUGUGAGGGUGGGGUAGAGAUCAAGAAUAAUGAAACUAAAUAUAUACUUUGCCUUGAUUUUCAGUAAGGAUUACACUGCAGAUCUUGGGGGCUGUUGCUCCUUUUCUAUCUUAGGGUCUAAUCAAAUUUCAGGGAUCUUCGAGAUGUUCCAUUUGGCAUUAGAAAUUGAUGGUCUGGUAUUUUCUUUGAUGAAAACUUGUUUAUUUACAAGGAAUGUACAAAGUCCUGCUUCUCUGAAUGCAGGAGGCAUUUCUUGGCUUACAGCCCCAAGCCUCUUUAGCCAACACCAGACCCAAAAGCGCUCUUGCUUUUUUUCUCUGGUCACACUGUAAUCUGCAACUGUUUGUCUUCUCUUACUUUUUGCAUCUGCUUCUCUCUGUGUUCUGCCCAUUCUCAAUGUCUGUGUUCUGCUCACACACACGCCCACACCUACAUAUCUCAGCAAAAGCCACUUAGUGCAAACUCCUGUGUGGGUUCACAACCCCCUUUUGUUUUAGGGGGAGGGGACUUCUGAUUAACAAUUACAUUACUUGAAAGCUUUGUUCAUACCCAGGGUAUGUCUACACUGCACAGUUGUUGCCAAAACUUUUGUCUUUCACGGGUACUUUAAAAAAAAAAAAAAAAAAGGCGAAAGACAAAAGUUUUGCCAACGCAAGCGGCAGCGUGAACACGGCUUCAUUGGCAGAACGCUCCCCUGCUGACACAGCUUAUGUCGCUCGCGGGGCUGGAAGUAUUUUGUCAGCAAAAGUGCCAACAAAAUACUGCAAAAGAGCAUUCACACUCGCUGACUUUUAGCAACAAGGCUGUGUCAACACAGCCUUGUCGCUAAAAGUUGCAUAGUGUAGACAAGCCUCCAGUCUCAAAGAGGUUUGUGAUUAGAGCAGUCACCAGUGCCUCUCACGAUAGCAAGGCAAAAGCAUGAUGGCUAAUGGGAAGGAGCGUAUAGAAAUGGAAAUGAUUACAUCCACGGUGAAAGCAAAACCCAAAGAGCUUAAUGCAUUCAGGGUAGAGGGCCAUAACUUCUAUCCCAGAAUACUAAAAGAACUGACACAUGAAAUUGCAAGUCCAGAAGCAAGGAUUUUUAAUCUGUCCAACCAGGGAUGGUACCAUAUGACUGGAGAAUAGCAGACAUAGUACCUAUAUUUAAGAAAACAUUAUCCGGAAAACUACAGACUCAUUAAUCUGAUCCCAAUAGUAUAUAAGACCUCAGAACAAGACACGGAGGUAAAUGGAAAAUGGAUUUACCAAAGGUAAAUUGUGCAAGACUAAUAUAACUGUUUUUUGGGGGGGUUUUAAUAAGAACUGAUUUUUGUUGUGUUGUUUUUUAUUUUUUUUAGACCAGAGAAAUGUUAGAUCUAUCUGGCUGGAAAGGAGGUUACUAGUGGAGUUCAAGGUUUGCUCUGGGGACACUGGCACAGAAAGGAGGGUGCUCAUAAAAUCUGAUGACACAAAGUUGGGAGGCAUCAAUACAGAGGAGCAUAGGAAUAUUACACAGGGAGAAGAGGAUGACCUUGAGAACUGGAGUAAUAGAAAUGAGAUGAGAUUUAAUAGUGCAAAGUGCAAGGUCAAGCACUUAGGGAUUUAUAACAAGAAUUUCUGCUAUAUGCUGAGGGGUAUAUAUAUCAGGGAGGUAAACACCAGCAAGGGUGAAGAACUUUUAAAGCUAACAGACAGUAUUGGCACAAGAAAAAAUAGAUAUAAACUAGAUAUAAACUGUUCGUGAAUAAAUUUGUGCUGGAAAUUAGAAUGUUUCUGGCCACUAUAGAAGUGAGGUUCUGGAACAGCUUCACAAUAGGAGUAACAGAGGCAAACAAUCUAAUUGGUUUUAAGAUGGAACUGGAUCAUUUGUGAAAUGGAUUACAUUAUGGGGGGUUUCCUCUGAUAGCAGGGGGCUGGACUCAGGGACCUGGGAUGUUCCUUCCAGUCCUCUUUUCAGAUAAGCAGACUGGCUAUAUAUAAUGGCUACAUUUGGCCAAGUUCUAGGAGGAGAAAAAGCAUGUAAACUGUAUUAUGUAAAAAACAAAGGAACAGACUAAGCAGUCAUCAGCUGUACAUGGUAUUUAUUGUCUC